AGCGGAGCAGGCCUGUGCAAGACAGGGAGAGGAAAACUUCACAGAAGAUGAGGAAAAGCCGGAGCGUUCUGACUGUGUCACCUAAUGAGGACAGUAAAGAGCCUCCGGACUGCAGACUAAGUGAAUCUUUCACCUCUUCGGGUUGCACGCUGGGGGUGGACCUGCGGCAAGGUCGGCGCCGUUUCUCCGGUAACCUACAGUUGCCUCCUUUAUCAUGGAGGCAGACGGAGAGGUCCCGCAGUCCAGAUGACGGGAUCAUGGCAAGACCAACUACACUGCCUUUCAUUACACCCCCUCGCAUUGACAUCACACCUGUGGACACUGAGUGUUUUGAUGUGGAAAAUGGCCCGUCUGCAAGCUGUAGUCCUUUGGACCCCCAGGCCUCACCAGGUUCUGGUCUGGUUCUGCACACAAACUUUCCCGGCCACAAUCAGCGGCGAGAGUCCUUCCUCUACCGCUCAGACAGCGACUAUGACCUCUCACCAAAGUCAAUGUCUCGAAAUUCUUCUAUCGCCUCAGAACUGCAUGGGGAUGACUUGAUAGUCACACCUUUUGCUCAGGUUCUAGCAAGCCUUCGAAGUGUCCGAAACAACUUUACUGUCUUGACCAACGUUCAGUGCACAUCUAAUAAGAGGUCCCCUGUGUCCAACCAGCCCCCCAUCACCAGAGUGUGCCUACCUGACGAGUCCUACCAGAAGCUGGCCGUGGAGACCAUGGAGGAGCUGGACUGGUGUCUGGAUCAGCUGGAAACCAUCCAAACGUACCGCUCCGUCAGCGACAUGGCCUCCAACAAGUUCAAGAGAAUGCUGAACAGGGAGCUGACGCACCUCUCUGAGAUGAGCAGAUCUGGCAAUCAGGUGUCGGAGUUCAUCUCCAACACCUUCCUAGACAAACAGAAUGAGGUGGAGAUUCCCUCGCCUACUCCUAAAGCCCGCGAGAAGAAGAAAAAACAGCAGCUGAUGACUCAGAUCAGUGGUGUGAAGAAAGUAUCCCAUGGGCCCAGCCUCAACUGCGGCAUCGCUCGCUUCGGCGUCAAAACCGACAAAGAGGAUUUACUGUCAAAGGAAUUAGAAGACCUGAACAAAUGGGGCCUGAACAUCUUUACAGUUUCAGAGUAUUCUCACAACCGGCCUCUCACUUGCAUUAUGUACGCCAUCUUCCAGGAACGUGACUUACUUAAGACAUUUAAGAUCCCGGCAGAUACUUUUGUGACAUAUAUGAUGACCCUUGAGGAUCAUUACCACCAAGAUGUGGCCUAUCAUAACAGCCUUCACGCUGCUGAUGUGGCCCAGUCAACUCACAUUCUACUGUCCACACCUGCACUAGAUGCUGUCUUCACGGAUCUUGAGAUCCUGGCAGCCAUUUUUGCAGCAGCUAUUCAUGAUGUGGACCAUCCUGGAGUUUCAAACCAGUUCCUCAUCAAUACAAACUCCGAGUUAGCGCUCAUGUAUAACGACGAGUCCGUUUUGGAGAAUCACCACUUAGCCGUGGGCUUUAAACUUCUCCAGGAGGACAAUUGUGACAUCUUCCAGAACCUCACUAAGAAACAGAGGCAGUCACUCCGAAAGAUGGUCAUCGACAUGGUACUGGCCACAGACAUGUCUAAGCACAUGAGCUUACUGGCCGAUCUGGUGGGUUUCAUUGACUACAUCGUCCACCCACUGUGGGAAACCUGGGCCGACUUGGUGCAUCCAGAUGCCCAGGAUAUCCUGGACACGCUGGAGGAUAAUCGGAACUGGUACCAGAGCAUGAUCCCCCAGAGCCCUUCCCCACCCUUCUACCAGCCCGACAAAGAAGGCAACGGCGGGGGUUCAGGGCCAGACAAGUUCCAGUUUGAGCUCACACUAGAGGAAGAGGACUCAGAAGGCACGGAAAAAGACGAACAGAGCCAGGGUGACGAGGAAGAGGAUGUGGAAGAAGAAAUGGAAUCCACUACACACAUCCAGAUAGUUACCGAAGACGCAUCACCUGUCGACACAUAGGACUUGGCGUCUCUUAAUAGGCGGUAGCUGUUUUUUCCCUUGCGAGAGGAGCAAUCUUGCAGUUGAUGCUUUUUAAAAAGCCCACAUGGGGUGCUUUUUUAGGCCCUCAUGGGAGGAGGAUGUCUUGCCCUCCUUGCACUUACGUUUGGAGACAGUUUGGUAGGAGCUCUCAGGAAAUAAAUGCUGCAGACAUUUUGGACCUGAACAAUUGACAGGCGACUUUGAUAAACAUGAAGGAUUGGGGCCAACGUGGACAGUUUGUUUGUUUGUUUGUUUACCUGCCGGUGAGGAGUAGACACUACUGAGAGGAUUUCUCUUUUUUUUUUUGUACCAACACAAAUUUUUUCUAAAGCUAUGGUUGUGUGUUGAGGUCAAACACGAACUACUGAAGAACAAGUAUUUGUAAAGAGAGAAACUGUUUACUUUUCUGUACCAUUUGUCUAAAGACUGUGUGCCUUUUUACUAUUGUCUUUUUAAUAGUCUUUUAUUUAUUGAACACAUUUUAGUAUAACUGUAUGUUGAAAUGUUUUCGUUUUCUAAACCAGACCAAACAUGCAGAAUUGUUUUAUAUCUACGCUGGAGAGAGAAUUAGUGUCUUCCUUUGUUUGGCAAUAUAACUUGAUAAUCCAAACAUCUGACAAACGAUCAGAAAACUAAGAAAUGAUGAAAGAGGCACUUUCUGUUUAUUCUAUCUACAUUUGUGUCGGACUUUUUAAAUAUGAGCACAAACUCUGUUUAUUUGGAUCCGUACAUCAUCCCAUCCACAUUAGGGUAAAAAAAAAAUCUGUGUUAGGUAAAUGCAUUGUUGCACAAAAAACUUUAAAUGCCCUUAAAUAUGAAGACCCCAUUUGCUUAGAUCGUAAAACAAAAUACAAGCACCCCCCAAAAAAAUCCAAUCACUAGGGGUCUCAUAAUGUACUAAAAUCACAGGGGAAGCCAAAGCUAUGUUCACUUAAACGUUAAUUUGCUUUCGAUUCAUCAUAAUUGUCUUCCUUACAGCAGCCAUUUUUCAUUCUUCCCAUCAUACCUCAGAAACACAGAAUAAAAGCAGUCCAAACUAGCUUUUGUAGCUUUUCUACACACUUUGAUACAGAACAUUUCCACAUUUAUCUUCUAAAUAAAACAUCUUCUCUUAUGAUUGGCUCACUUUUAAGACAGAUUAAAACAUUGACGUCAACUGAUUUCCUUCCCCAUCUCGUAGAACACCAAGAUAUGAU